UGGAGUUUUCCAUGCCAUAAUUAAAAGCUCUCUCUCUCUCUAUUCUUCUUUGCUCCUCCUAGCUCUUUAAUCCCAGAGGUUUUUGAAGCUCAAUACCAAAGUUUCAUGAUAUGGGUAUGAACAAGCCUCUUAUGUUGGGGCUGUUAAUACUACUGAUUGCUUCAAUUGGAGAUAAACCUUGUGUUGUAGAAGGAAGGGCACUUUCGUUAAUAUCUAAUCAAGGGUACUCAAAGAUUUUUGCCACUCUUGGAAUAGUUUGCAAGUGUUGCGAUGGGCUUGGAGGUGCUUGCACAAGCACAUGGACAGAGUCUUGCUCUAAUUUGCAGUGUUUCCCUUGGAAAUCACACUAAAUAAUCUCCU